CGUCCGACUGACCGCAAGUGCCGGCCAGAAUAGCCACGGAAAUAACCGCCUCGGGGAAUUGGGAGCACGCAACUCCAAUGUUUUUGCUGUGUACAUAUAUGUGCGCCUAGGGGGCAACCCAUAAACAUUUGAAAUGCAGCCGGUGAAAAAUAUGCAAGACUCACUAAUAAUAAAAUCAAUAAAAAUCUAACAAAAUCCAUCUACAUAAAGUUUAAAACGCAAAAAAAAGACACAACAAACUCGAAAUGGAUAUACCUGCCAGCGGAGCCAUAUUCACCCUGGGCAAAUCCCAUUUGGCUGAGAAUACCCAAAGCUAUUUCUACAUCAAAAACGAUCCAGUGAAGCGCCUGAUUUCCGGUCCUAACCAGAGCGCUGUCAUUUGUGAAUCUGGUCGACUAUUUGUUUGGGGCGAGAACCACUAUGGGCAGCUCGGGAUUGGUGGACAUGGUGGAGCCUCGGGCAAGAAGGGUGGCAACGGGGGAGACAUCAUCACCAAACCCACCUGCGUGAAGGCCUUGAAAACACUAGGAUUAAAGAUUUGCGACGCCGCCUUUGGCAAUCACUGGGCCGUGAUGCUGACACAUUCCAAUGAAAUCUUUUUCACUGGCCGCAACAUCUUUCCCGAGGAUACCCAUGUGGCCCAGCACUUUACCAGUGCUCAAGUGGAGCAGCACCAUUGCGCCAUCAUACGAAAGCCUUUUCGGCUGGAGGAGUUUGACGAUUAUCUGUCCAAAAGCGAGGAGACGGACAACUUCAUGGCAAUCCAAGCGGGAAACGAGCACUUUGCCGUGCUGACUAGUUCUGGUCGAUUGAUUGGAUGCGGUUCAAAUGCCCAACAGCAGUUGGGAGAACUCGAGGCGGACUAUGACGGUCAUCCGGUGGAGAUUACUCUGGAUGCCCCGGUGCAGCAGUUUGCCUGCGGACCCGAGUCAACGCUGGUAUUGACAGCUAGCGGGAAUCUCUUUCUCACCGGUCACCUCAACGAGUUUGUCUUUCCGCGCUUCACCGAGCUGCAGAAGAACCUGCCGCCCACCGAGGCCAUCAUCUUUAUGCACAUAUCCAAGACCAGCGAAGUGUACAUCGUGACCAAUGCGGGCAGCAUCUAUCGGAGUUUUGAGUCGGUGCGGAACAAGAGCCUGGUCUUCCAGCGCUUCUACGAUUACGACAGCGAGGAGAACGGACCCAUCUGGAAGCUUCUUAAGGGAUUCUCCUUCUACGCGGUGCUCAGCAAGGCGAACAAGUUCUUCACCACGUUUUCGGAAAGCGGCCAUCAUUUGAAGACAUUCCGCGAGAUCUCUAAAUUCAAGAACCUCCGGCUUCUGGACAUCGCAGUGGGAGAUCAGCACGUCCUGGUGCAGGGCAUACCGCGCUCCUCAAUGUCGUCUGCGUCUGUCAAUGGUUCAGCUGAACCAAGUCGCCAUAUGAGCCGCAGUUUCGUGCUGCAACCGCAGGAUGCAAAUGGAAACGAAGAGCAGGUCAGGAGCCAUAGCGGAAGAAGUCUCACCAAACAACAAGGAGUGGAGGAGACUGAGGAGCGAUCAAUGGCGGCUACUGUGGGAGGUUUGGCAGCUGCAGCAGGAGCUGGAACAGCAGCGGCCAUGGAAGCAGUUAAGCAUUUAAUCAAUGGGGAGAAACCAGAUGAUAGAGAGGUGACAAAUGAAUCCCAAGAUAUAAAUGCAAAUAUGGAAAGUGGGGACUCUAUGCCUAUGGAAAAUAAGGAGGAAAAUGGCAACGAAGAAAAGGAUACACAUCCAAACAGUUCUUUGAAGGAAGAACCAAAUCAAAUGGAAGAUCAAGUCACAAAAACUCCUGCAAAUAAUAAUCAAGAUAUGGAACAUCAGCAAGAAAUUGAAGAUCAUACCAAAACAGCUCCCAAAAGCGAGGCAAUCAAAACGAAGGAUGAGUACAAGGAGAUGGUGCCCACAGCACCUGUUGAAUCACCUAUAAAACCAACGGCAACCGUUGAAUCAUCAGUAAAAUCAAUGGAAUCCCCAGAUAAACCAACAGAUUCACCAGUAAAAACUAUAGAAUCUCCAAUUAAAUCAAUGACAUCCUCAGUUAAAGCCGUGGAAUCAAUGCAGAAGCUACCAACUCCUCCUACACAUACACCGCCACCGCCUAAAUCCCCUUCAGAAUCUCUAAAAUCCGAAAAAUCAAUACACUCUAUGCAAUCAUUAAAUCAACAACAAAAAUUUCCAGGCAGCCAGGAAAAACUACUGCGUCCACGUACUCCGUAUCCGGAAAGCAGCGAUUCCAGCACACCGCAAACGAUAAAAAAGACUCCUAUACGGAAUUUUUCCUACGAGGCAGCUAUGGAUCAUGAUCACCUGGAGAGAACAUCUCCUGAAUUAGUAUCUAGUCUGGAGACGGUGGAGGAGGUGCCUGCAGCAACAAUUGAAGUGAACACGCCAACCCCGCCCACGGAAGAAGACGAACAGUUGGCUGUGGAGAUAACCACAACGAAGGACUCUAAGGACAGCAGUAAGAUGAUCAAUGAAAUACGCUUUAUAAACAAUGGUGUGGAUGUCACGGCCAAGGUGGAGGAACAAAUGCCGGACACACCACUAGAAAGCUCUGUGGAGGAGCUGGAAUCCGAUGGAGAGCAAAUGCUUCAGGAUGUGGAGGAGCAUGUGGACAAAAUUGUAACGAACACCGAAGAGGCUGCGACCAAGGCUGGAGAAGAAGCAAUGGAUAUCAUGGACUCCACACGAAAUUCCAUCCAAACGGCGGUAAGGAAUGCAGCAAAUGGAGCCCGUGAUGCCAUGGAGGCUGUUGGCGAGCGAAUGGCCACUGGAGCUCGAGGCGCAGUAGAAACCGUCGGUGGGGCAGUAGGUGCAGCGGGAAAGGGUGCCCAGCGAAUGGCUAGCGAUGCAAUGCAUGCAGUUGAGCAGGCCGGGAGUAAUGCGGUCAAAGCUGCUUCAGAUACAAAGGAUUCCAUGGGCAGGGCUAUGGAUUCGGUGACCAACAAGAUCUCCAGUGAAGUGCAAGGCGCCAAGGAGAAUAUUUCAUCGUUGUUUCAGAUAAAAGCGGCAAGGGAGGCUGACCCUCAAACCACGCCAGUAUCCACACCUCGCGGCGAUGAUGACUUGUCAUCCAAGGACGGAGCACCCAAAACGACUACGACACUGGGUUCCAACGAGGAGGAUGAACGAACAACUGCCUCUGUGAACUCCAACCAUAAUUCUGCAGGACAUGGCAAUGGCAAUGGGAAUAUUUUCGAGCCCAGCAAUACUUUUGAGGAUCCACUAGAUGCCGUAGUGGAGCGCAGCAAGAAGGCGAUGCAGGAGGACAUCCGGGCCAUGCAACUAAGAGCCAAUUCUCAUGUUGAGGCGUUGGCCCAGCAAAAGGAGGAAGACGCCAAGGGAUUCAUGCAGCAAGUGAUAGACAGGCUCUCGUGCCGCAACGAAAGGGCAGUCCGUAUUGAAGAUGAAGUGCGUCCGCCGGUUGGAAUUCACAACAAAAACACAAACAAGGUGAACAGCGAGCUGAGCUUAACCAAUGGACAGGCACAUGGCGAUCAGUCACAGGCGACGCGGGUCUGCACUAUUUUAUAA